UCUUGGGCCAGAAUCGCUGCUUUCCUCCACACGGGCCUCUCCCAUCUCCAGAUUUCAGACCGAUCCACGGCGACAUGAAGUCGGUUCACACCCAUCGCGGCCUGCGCCUGCUGCUGGGCGUCCUCGUUGCCCUGCUCUGUUUCUCCCAGCAUGUUCUGGCCGGAUCCAAGGGCGACAAGGAAGAUGUCAAGGCCGUCCCCGUAUCGAUUCCCCAGCACCUUGUCAACAGCAACCUGCACCGCUUCAUCGAUCUCAGCAGCCCCAUCGUGCGAGAGCGCACGACCAUCAUCAUCCAGAACAAGGGCGAGAGUCCUGCCUCGGAGUACUGGCUCUCGGUCCCCGCUGCCCUUGCGGAUGCUUCGCUCAGUCUCCUGACUGCCAAAACCGCUCCCAAGAAGGAGGCCCCACAGGACCUGCUCGUCGAGAAGAGCCAGUUCGACGCUGCCAACGAUGUUCAAUACUUCAAGGUCAAGCUCGCCAGCCCCCUGGCCAAGGACGAGAAGCUGACCCUGCAGAUCAACGUGGCUUACACCCAUGUCCUGAAGCCCUACCCUAAGGCAAUUGCCCAGUCAGACGUGCAGUUUGUGGAGUUCUCGGAUUCGGUCUACUUCCACACCCCGUACUUCACCGAGAAGCAGCGCAUCACUGUCCACCUGCCCACCUCCAAUGUCAAGAACUACACCAACGCCAACCUCCCUGUCGUCAAGAAGGGCACCGACAUUGUGUACGGCCCUUACACCGCCGUCGACGCCUUUGAGCGCUCUCCUCUCUAUGUGCACUUUGAGUUCCCCAGGAUCGUUGCUGUGGCCCGCAACUACGAGAAGGAGAUUGAGCUCAGCCACUGGGGAAACAACAUGUUUGUCAAGGAACACUACGAGCUGCACAACGAAGGCGCCAAGCUCAAAGGCCACUACGCCCGCGUCGAUCUGUACUUCAAGGCCAUCCCCAACGCCCUCAGGGCCCUCGACAUUACCCUCCCCCCCAACAUCAAGAACGUCUUCUACCGCGAUGCCAUCGGCAACGUCUCGACCUCAAAUUUCCACCAGAACAGUCAGCGCUCGCUGCUGCAGAUCAAGCCCCGAUACCCUGUCUUUGGCGGCUGGAAGUACACUUGGCACCACACCUUCGAUGUGCCCCUCGAUCAGUUUGUCAAGAAGGAUGCCCACCGUGACCGCUACAUCCUGCAAGUCCCCAUCCUUGGCAGUAUCCCGAACGUCACCGUCGACCACGGCCAUUUCAAGAUCAUUCUCCCCGAAGGUGCCAGCUUUGUCGAGAUCCUGAGCCCCUACACCUUCGACAAGCAGACGUUUGUGAAGCACUACACCGUUUUCGACUCCACUGGUCGUCAGGCCGUCGUUCUCGAGAAGCGCAACAUGGUGGACGAGUUUGGGGCGCCUAUUCAGAUUGUCUAUGAUUUCCCUGCGUGGAGGAUCUUCCAGAAGCCUCUGGUGGUGUCGGCCGCCUUUGGCGCAAUCUUCUUGAUUGGUAUCAUUGCAGCCCGCCUCGAUCUCUCCAUCAGCAAGGCAAGCACCACGCGUUGAUUUCUUGUCGCUCAUCGUCUCGCGUCUCUCUGUGCUCUGUGUUCUUUGCUCGGCGGUAUGGAUGGGGGAGGGGUUGCGUUGGCCUGGUUGUCUCUGGGCUGGAGGCCACUCUGCUUUGCUGAAAGCCGGUGGCCUUCUUGCACCGCCUCCUCUGGAUAUGCCCAACGAGUGGCGACCUGGUUGGCUUGAACAUGCCCAUCUCCUCUCCCCCCCCCCAUUUGUCUCCGUUUUUACCUCUUUUUGCAUGAUCACAUGUGCACUUUUCCGCUUUAUGUUUUGAUUCCAACGGUACUCUGCGAACGGCUCGACCGCUCCCUCCCUUCUCGCCCCCCUAUCCCUUCUCGCUCCGCUCCCUCCCGCCACCCCUCCUUUCACACUCUCUUUGAGCAAAUAAAAAAGCCAGUUCCCAGGGAGGCCUUUGAAUCCCAUGCA